AUGUCUGUCCAGACAGUUCAGCAGAAUGUCCCAAAGCAGACCGCCCGUGGGCAUUUUCCGAGCCAUAGAGUCAACUACUCCGACUCUCCAAUCUCAAUCCAGGCUUCAAAGGUGGAUUUACCUCUCAGAAAAGGCGAUGUAUCAAUCCAGCCAGGCGAUGGAGCCGCUUAUCCAAGGAGACGAGAUGAUAGGGCCGACACUGAUACUCAGAGCUCAACCGAUGAUCAAGAUGUCAUGAUUCAACACAAGGCCCUGGUUACUCAUUUCAAUAAUUUUCCUGACCACAUGGAAAACCCCUAUGCUCGCUUGGAACAGGACAAGUGGGUACUGGAAGUGGACGAUGAUGACCAGACCAUCUUUCAUCGGAUGGCCAAGCAAAUCAAAGAUCUAGAAAAGAAGAGAGAAAACGUUCGCAAAGAGCAGUGGAUAAGGGGAAUCUAUAAGAUCAUACCUUGGGUGAUAGGAAAGAAUCCCAACUUGCUUGAUCAUACAGGAGGAAACCCAAACCAGGGUGAUCAAGCAGGCGAACCCAAUGCUCUAGAGUUUGCUGCGAAGAGAUGCGUCCCCAUAGCCUAUUGUAUGCUGAACCUGUUGUUGGAUCAAACCACUCAAGAGAUUCUUCGACAACAAUGUGAUGGAACAGCUUGCCGAGUCAAUCUAAAGCAUCCACUGAUCGCGUAUGCGAAGGAAACAAGGCUGGAGGGCUCCGAAUGCCCCCACGGAAAGGCAGAUGAGAUUUUGGAGUUUCAUGAUCAAUUGAAGCUAAAAUUGCAGAGAGCAUCCCAACAAACGCAGUCAAGCAAGUCUUCUCUUCACUACAUAAUUGCCCGUUAUUGUGAAGCUCCCGAUUGCAAUGCAGUGAAAGAGCUAGUUCGACUGAGCGGUGCAGAUGUUAUUGUUCCUCCAAGAGGAAACUCCAGUCAGCGAUUGCUUCACUUGGCAGUCGAAAAGUUCCAAAGGCCAAAAGAGCAGGACCACGAAGCACUGAAUAGUCUCAAAGAUAUAAUCAAGACCAUUGUGGAGGUUUGUCCUCAAGCUCUGUAUGAGAAGGACGACAAACAUAAAACGGCCUACGAGGCACUACUUCUACACAAAGCCAACCAAGAGCCGACCGGCAAGGGCAUUGCCGGAGAGCUCCAGCGAAGAGUCCUGGAGGUUCUUAAGGAAGCCUACAUUGGGGAUAAUAUGGUAGACCAUAACGUGAAGAUCAACUCCCUGUACCCUGGUGGAGUCGAAGGUAACGUACCUCUAUGUCUCCCAAGAGUAGUGUUGUUCUUUUUAUGCAAGGGCAGAGCAAGUUGA